UCAAAUCUAAAUCAUGUGAAGACGCUUGAUAAAUUGAAGUUAUUCACAACUUUUCCGGCUUCCCUGCAGCCGUCGAUAGAUCUAGUUCAGCGUUGUGUGGUGGUCGCCCGUCAAGCAGACGGAUAUGGUUUAACAGUAACAGGUGACCAUCCAGUCUAUGUACAUACGGUUAAAUUAGAUGGAGCAGCAUAUCGUGCUGGAGUUCGGCAAGGCGAUAAAAUUAUUAAAGUCAAUGGAAUGCCUGUUACUGCAUCUAAUCAUCUUGAAGUUGUAAGGAUGAUUUCAGGUGGAUCAGUUAAGCCAUCAGAUGAAAUAAAAUUGACUUCUUAUAGAGAAAUUUUACUUGUAUAUAUCUCUUUCUCUUUCUAUAUCUCUUUCUUAAAGGGUUUACGUGAAAGUAGUAUGGAAGGUACGCAGUUGGAAAGGGCUCUGCAGCGAAUUGAAAGCUUACAGAAUCAACUGAGAAACAUCGAAUCAUUAUCACUGGUCAUUUUAAAAUUCGAAAUAUUUUACUAUUUGUUUUGGCUUCAGUUCGAUUCUCACGGGCCAUUUUCAAAUUUCAAGGAAUUGCUGAAUCGGCCAGCACAUCUUGCAACAUUUAUUAAUUAUUUGCUGGAAAAUGCCAAUCCGAGUAGUUUGUUUUUUUAUUUGAUAACAAAUGCUUAUCAAAAUUCUUCUGGCACAUCGAAAGAAUUGCGGAAAUGGGCUUAUGAAAUUUUUUCAACUUUUCUUAUACCAAACGCACCACUAUGGUGGGAUUCCAUUGAACAAUCUUUAGUACAAAAUAUUGAUAAGGUUUUCGUGCUAACUGCCACAACGCAAGGAGCGGAAAGUGAUAUGGAACCUCUAUUAAGAAUAUUUUUAAGCGCGAGACAGAAAUCUUUGGAGGAUAUUGCCGAACAUUUGGCUAAUUUUCGUCAAAAAAGAAAAAUAGGAUUAGGAAGCUUAUUUGAUGCAAAUCAGCUCGCACGUAUUAGUAAGGGUGAUUCGGCAAUGGAAAUGCGUGUUGGUGAAGCAAUUUUAAUUCGAUCGCUCGAAACAUUACUCAGUUCGGUCAAUUAUGACCUGGAUAAUUGCGAUUCGCGAUCUCUUGCACUAAUCUCUUCUCUGGCAACUGUUAUCAAGGUUGUUUUAAAUAUGCGAUCGAAUACUAAUGAAAAGAUUCUCGAUAGAUGUCCGACAUUUGUCACAAGAGAUAAGAGCGCCAUGUUCAAAAUGAAAAUGUCUACAAAACGCUCGGUCCAAAUCAAAGGGCAUCACUUUAUUCUCACUCAUAUCAAUCUCACUGUUUAUUGUUAUCAGUGUCGUGAAGCUAUAUGGGGUGUUAAUGCGCAAGCAUUUUUCUGCCAGAAUUGUGAUGUCGUGGUACACAAGCAGUGCACUUCUUCAUUAGUCGAUUACUGCUAUCCGGCAGCUCAAAAAAAAGCUGGAAUGUCUAAAUCGAAACAGAGAUCUACUUCGGGUGGAAAAUACGAAAAUCGAAUGGAUAAGAAAGGGAAUGUGAAAUCAGUAUCAUCCGAUUCGGGCAUCGGCGCUGAUUUCGAAAAACCUGUGUCCAGAUCACAUAGUAUGCGAACAAGGGUUGUUGAAACGGAGGUUCCUUCUCUGGAAAGUAUUUUGGGAUGGGAAGUUGUGAGACAUUUAAAACCUAAAGAAAAGAAACGCCAAGAAGUUAUUAAUGAAUUAUUUCAUACAGAACGAACUCAUGUGAGGAAUCUAAAAAUCUUGUUCAAAGUUUUUUAUAAGCCUAUGCUUAUGCAAAAAGUUGUACCGCCAGAUAUUGUGAAAUUGUUUUUUGCAAAUAUAGAUGAAGUGCUGGAGAUUCACAGCGAAAUGAACAAGAAAAUGCGUCUUACAAUAGAAGCUUGGCGAAAGGACAAUAUAUUAAGCGGCCUUUUUGGCGAAAUCGGUCCACUGAUGGAAUCACUAUUUGAUGGUGAAAAUGGGCAAAAACUAAUGCAAACGACAUCUGUAUUUUGUCAGCAUCAACAACAUGCUCUUGAUAUCCUUAGGCAAAGAUCUAAAAAAGAAAAAGAUGAUCAAUUAGGGCGAUUUCUUGCUGAAGCAGAAAGUAAUCCUUUAUGCCGCAAACUUCAACUGAAAGAUAUGUUACCUGUGGAAAUGCAGAGGCUAGUGAAGUAUCCAUUACUUUUGGAAACUAUAGCCAAAUAUACAAUAGAGCCAUCCGAAGAACAAACGAGAUUGCUGAAUAGUGUUAAUUCAGCUAAAAGAAUAUUAUCAGCAGUUAAUACUGCCAAAAGAAAUGCAGAAAAUCUUCGUCGAUUGGAUGAAUUACAAAAGCGUCUAAUAAUACCUGCUUAUGAUAGGGAACUUAUGAAUGCUGAUCUUUCUUCUCUCAAUCUUACUAAUUAUAAACUUGUUCAUGAUGGUUCAUUAACAUGGCGCUUUAGCCGAGGUAAAAUGGUUGAAUUACAUGCGGUCCUUCUUGAGGGUGUUCUUCUUUUGUUGACAAAAGCUGGUGAUGGUCAAAAACUUUUGUUAAAGAUUCAGGAACCAUCAAAGGAUUCACGUUGGUUUCCUGUUUUACCAUUAUUAUCAUUAAUAAUCAAAGAAAAAGCCAAUGAUAAGCGUGCUUUUUUUAUUGUAAAUAAUAUCGAAAGGGGUGCACAAAUUUACGAGCUGGUUGCCUCAACUGCCACUGAAAGAAAAACAUGGUUCAAACUUAUUGCGGAUCAAAUUGAUUUUGCCAAACAAAAUGAUCAAGUUCAAUUACUUACUCAUCCAAGGCUCGUCAAUGCAAAUGAAAUAAUAGUCGAACAACCAACCGUUCUGGAGCACGCUCGUCCUAUACUUACUGCUAGUGAACGUCUCAAGAGGACUGAUCAAAUUAUCCUCCGAGCUUUAUUAGAAAAACGAGCUAUUCUUACUGAAUUCUUACCGGGUGUUGAUAAAGGAGAUUUGAAAAGCUUGGAAGAAUUGACGGAAAAGCUAACAGGUUUGGCUGUAGGUGAAUUAAAACAGAAAGAUGGACGUGAAUUGGCUGUUAGUGCCAUCGUUCAUGGUAAUCGACUUCUCGAUGCAAUUAAUCAAGCAGAUAAAACUGAUAGCGAUCUGCCAUCUGUUCCGUGUUACAAGCUGACAGUCAUUGCUGCACCACUAAUGAACCAUUUAAAAGCAAUGCUGCAAAUUAUCGAAGAACAACACAACGAAAUUGUUUCUCUCAAACAACAACUUAAUCAAUAUAAAGAUUUGGCUGAAAAUGGUCCUGGAUACAGAACAAUGAGUGAAGAAACAUUGACAGAAUCUAAUCCAAAUGUCGAGAAAAUUAGCUCAUCUGUUAUCGACACAGAAAUGGAAAGACGUAAAAAGCUUCUGAAUAAGCGACAAAGAAAUGCUGCAUUGUCUAUAUCUUCUGAUACUAUGCAACAUAUACGUCCAGCCAGUAAGUAA